AUGGUGAAAGAGGAGCCCUUGAAUACCUCAAAGGACUUGCAGGAGCUGCAGAGGAAGCUGUCUUUGCUAAUAGAGUCCCUCCAGAGUAAGGUGGUGGCCUUUAUGAAGUCUCCAGUGGGUCAGUUCCUGGACAGGCAUUCUUUUCUGGCCCUCAUCGUGCUGGAGUUAUCAGCCAUCCCUGUUGGGUUCUUCCUGCUCCUCGUGGUUCUUACCUCCGUGGCUGCUUUUGUGGGAGUUAUAUUACUAGAAGUCCUGAGAGGCCAUUCUGUUCUUAUCUCCAUGCCCUACUCAACAACUGGCGGAAGAGGAAACUGGGCAGACGGGUUUGGAGCAGGACCUGAGUUUCUGCAUUGCUUACCAGCUCCCUGGUGAAGCCUUCCAUGGACCAUGACUGAAGGAGCAAGGACAUCUCAUAAUGUUUCCUUAUCAGAAGUAAGAGACUAUACUGUCUGCUUUGAAUCAAGCUUCUUCAUACUACAUUUUUGGUCAAAUCACUUCCCUCACAGAAGUACCAGUGAGAAUUCAAAGAUGAGUGGAACAAGACUCUGGUCCUCUUAGGCCUUGAGGGAGCCCAAGCAAAAUAAAUUUGUUUUUGUUUUGUC